AUGUCAGAAGAACAAAUCAGUAAUGUUGAUACAGGGAACUUCUCGACUGGUAUGGAACCAAGUAUAGAGAGUACAACGGCCCAAGCAACGGUGAAGUUAGAAACGCCAGUCAUUGAAGAGACACCAUCACUUAACCCACUCCCAUCAGCUAAUGGAGGUGAAUCUUUAGCAGAUAUAAUUGGAGGAUCACAAGUUAGAAAAUAUCUGAAUAAAAAUGUUACGCCGUACUUGUUACAAGGUAUGAGGAAUAUCGCGAAUGAACAACCACAAGAACCCUUAAAGGUUCUUGGCGAAUAUCUAAUUGAGGAGAAUAACAGGUUGAAACAAGAGAAACAUUGA